AUGGAGUAUGAACAUACAUCAAAAGAAAUCAACAGUUUUAAUUCAAAUGAUUCUGAUAAAGAAAAUGAUAAAAAUGAGGCAAAUCUAAAUGUAAGUGAUCAAGAAAGUUUAUCAUCAACAUUAUUGAGUGCUAUUAAUGAAAUAAAGAAUUGGUAG